UAUAAUUUCUGAGUAGCAUCCAUCAAAACUGCUUAUAAACAUGGUGUUGCAUGGUAAAAUUGGGACUGAAAUAGAAAUUAAGGCACCAGCUGACAAGUUGUAUAACAUCUUCAAGAGCGCCCACCUCAUCCCAAACAUUUCUACUGCCCAUAUCAAAGGAGUUGAUGUUCAUGAAGGAGACUGGGAAACACAUGGCUCUAUUAAGAUUUGGAAAUAUGAACUAGGGGACCAUGUCGGAAUAUUCAAGGAACAGGUGGAGCUAGACGAUGAGAACAAGGCCGCAACUCUGAUUGGAUUGGAAGGAGAAAUGUUCAAGUAUUAUAAGAGAUUCAAGGGUGUCUAUCAAUUCACUCAAAAAGAUGAAGGCACGGGUAUUGCAAACCUGUGGAUCGAAUACGAGAAACUGAACGAAGACGUUGAAGCUCCAGAUAGAUACAUCGGUUUGAUGGUUAACCUCGUCCAGGAUCUAGAUGCUCAUUUUCUCAGGGCAUAAAUGAAUUAAUUAAUGAAUAAAACCAUAUGGGCAGCAUAUGCAACGGUUGGAAAGAGCUUCUACUGGCCUUGUUAAACGUAAUUAUAUGUAAUCAUGCAUGCAUUUGUUCAUCAAUGCGUACGUGCAUAAAUAAAAUGCUUUUCUUAAUUAUGUACGUGUGUAUUAUGAGAAAUGUACGAAGGGAUGUCCUAUGUAUGGCAUAGUUAUGUGAUAGAUUAUGGUUAUGAAUCGCAUCUAUGAAAUAGAGUAGUCUUUGUUGAUUUCUCCCUAAAUUUGUAGAGUUUGACCAACUUUUUCUUUGAACUUUAAUUUUAAUCAAUUUCUUCAUGAACUCUUAUAAUUAUUCAGUUUUGUCCCCUGCUGUUAAGGUUUUUGAAUUUUUCAUCCAACAUUUCAUUAACGUUCGCCUCGUUUGCAGCUUCAAAGAGUAGAAAAGUCAUUUUUUAUUUUAUUAUUAUUAUUUUUUAUUUUUCUUUAAAUUUUUUUAUUUUUUUAUUUUUCUAUAAAUUUUUAUUCUCUCUCUGAAACUCUCCUACACGUCCAAGCCAUGUAGGAGACCUCCAUCAUUUCCAAACUUGAACGCUCCUCUUCCAACAAUCAACCAGAUCGGUGAUAUCGGAUCCUAUAGAUUUCUGCCAUGUCUGGAAAAAGAGGGUGGUGAUUGGGAGUUUGGGCCUCUGGUGGUGGUGGGAGAAACAGUGGUUAAGCUGGUGAAAAUGUGCGGCCACGAAUUUAGGGGCAGUGGAGGAGCAGUCUUUACUGACCAAACAAGUAGAGUAAAAUCGUAAGACAAUAGG